AUAUUUACCUUGUUCGGAAAAUUCGCCGUAGGAAAUUUCGCUGAAGGAAAUCUCGCUGCAGGAAAUUUUGCCACAUAGGAAAAAUCGCAAGAGCAUUUUGCUGUAAAACAAGUAUUUGUGAUAAAAACAGUUAGGUGUAUAGGGUUAGGGUAUGCUCUUAAAUAACGAAGCUUUUUUAAAUAAGACUAUUUUUCAUGAGAGUAUUUUUCCUUUACGGGGAACUGUCCUGCGGCGAGUUUCCUAUGGCGAAAUUUUCUGCGGCGAAUUUUCCUAGAAACAUAUUUUACAUUGCCAGACUUGCGUCAACGUAAUGUUCAAACCAUAAAUUGAACGAAUAGCAGUUUUCUGCUAUAUGCCCACCUAUUAGGCAGUAGCCAAAGAUCAUACUGUGCUCAACUUAUCCGAUGUUAACAAGUUUUUGCGACAUAUACUUUCAACUUCGCUCAUAACAUUGGCAAUUUAGCGCUUAUGUUUAGUGGCUUGUUUUCUACGACAAAAGGACUCCCGUAGUAUGUGUACCAGGUUAGGGUUAGGCCAAAUUUUAUGCCGAUUUUCCUAAUUUAGUUCUAUUACGACUUACGAGUUCGCGGACUGUCUAUGUUAGCCAAGUGGAUACACCCCUCGCCCAAAGUAAUCAGUCCCUGUACACAACUUGAUGUAAAGUGGGCGAAUAAAAUUAGUUACCUCCAUAUUGGUACACAUACUUCUGGAGCGCCACGACAGUAUAUACGAAAAUAAUAUAGAAACUAUAGUAGAUGCUUCCCAAACUGAUCUCAUCUUUGGUAGUUCAAAAGUCCUUUCUAAAUUUGCUCAGUGGUGCAGACCAGGCUGCGAUGUCUGUCUGAUCGAAAGUCGACGAUUUCUAAUUUCAUUCUGUACCACUUUAGUGUAUGAUUUAGCAAUUUAACAAUUUGUAAUUGACAACACACGUAGAGCAUGCACCGUUUUGACCCUAAUAUGAAUUGUGGGAAUAUGUUUGGAAGGCUUGAGGGAAAGUGUUGCCGAUACACCCGCCGAUGAGGAUUGAAAACGGGCAACGAAAAUAUGGCGGACCACCGCCAGGAUGGAUGGACCCGAUACCCGGUAAAGGUUGUGAGAUAUUCGUCGGCAAACUACCAAGAGAUCUUUAUGAAGAUGAACUUGUGCCUGUGCUGGAGAGAUGCGGAAGAAUAUACGAACUUCGACUGAUGAUGGAUUUCAACGGGAACAACAGAGGAUUCGCUUUUGUGAAAUACUGCGCACAGAACGAAGCCAAACGAGCUCUGAAGGAAUUGAAUAAUUUAGAAAUUAGAAAAGGAAGGCUUCUCGGUGUCUGCAAAAGUGUGGAUAAUUGCAGAUUAUUUGUCGGUGGAAUUCCAAAAAGCAAACAAAAGAAGGAAAUUCUGAUCGAGAUGCAGAAACUCACGGAAGGAGUCGUGAAUGCGAUUGUUUACCCCUCAGCUGCCGAUAAAGCUAAAAACAGAGGUUUUGCUUUCGUUGAGUAUCAAGACCAUCACACUGCUGCAAUGGCCAGAAGGAAACUCAUGCACAACCGUCCUCAACUUUGGGGUCACCAGAUUGCCGUAGAUUGGGCGGAACCGGAAGUCGAGGUCGAUGAUGACGUCAUGGCACAAGUUAAAAUUUUGUACAUAAGAAAUUUGAUGCUGAACACAACGGAUGAAUCUUUGGAAAAGGUUUUCAAAGAAGUAAUCCCGGCACCAGGUGCAAUUGAACGCGUGAAGAAGAUUCGAGAUUACGCAUUCAUCCAUUUUAACACUCGUGAAAACGCAUUGAAAAGCAUGCGAGCAUUACAAGGGCACCUGCUUGACGGAGCGCCAAUGGAGAUAUCGUUGGCUAAACCAGUUGACAGGGAGACAUAUGUCAGAUAUACGCGUGCUUCAAACCGCCAAGCACUCACAGAAGUCGAAGAGCAGUUAACACCUGCGGCAGCUUAUCCUUACGUUCAAGCUCUAGAUCCGGCAACUGCUGCUUCGCUGGCAUAUCAAACAUAUCCUGGCACCAUAUAUUACCCUUACGGCGCCACGCCAGGCAUGCCAGGGAUGCAAGUAGCGCAACGUAUUCCAACUACAAUUCCAGGGCGUCCGAUUCAAAUAGGCACUGUGCCACAAAUCGGUGCCGCUGGGGUACCGCUUGGAAUUCCGGGCGCAACGUCAGGCAUUCCUGGUGGCGUUGGCGUGGGUCGUGGGGUCGCCGGUAGAGGUCGUGCAAGAGGAGUGGCGGGUGCAAGAACAAUGCAGCAACGUGGAUACUUCGGGCGCGGAUACGGGAUGAUGUACUACCGAAGACAACCUCUGUGGCAUCCCCCUCCACCGCAGGGAGUCUCGGAGUCAGUGGGGCGGGACGUGAAAUACGACUUACUGCCCGAUAUGGAGCUCAUCCCUAUCAGUCCCCAGUCCAUCAAGCACAACAACCAGCAACGGAAGUCGUCAGUUCAGUUGUUGGAGGAAUUGUGCAAGAAGAAGCAUUUGGGGAUCCCGGAUUACAAACUGCACUCGGUAGAUGGCCAACAACCGAAUGGCCAACAACUUUAUAUUUACCGGGUGUCAAUACCGGGCUUGUCCAACAGCCAAUUGUCGCAGCAGCAGGGUCAGCAUACGCCACCAAUCAGCAGCCUCAACCAACCCUUGCAGCAGCAGCGCCAGCUAUCCAGCCCCAGGCAGUUCACCCCUACCAAAUUGUCUACCUCCCUUGAGAUGGCAAAAGAGAUUGCUGCUGAGUAUGUACUUCAAAUGAUCAAUCGUCAGGAGAUUCCUGUUUCUGCAAGAAAUGGAGACUCUAGCAAUCAAAUUGAUAUACCUACUAUGUUUUAUAGCAGCCCUCCCCCUGUUAUUUCAACCAAUGGUUUGCAUUCCCAAUAUGGCGGCGAAGGUCAGCACUUUAGCAAUGGUUUUGUUCCUCACGUCAACGGCUUAUACAACGGCAAUGCGUCACAUGGCGAAGGUUAUUCCUCCUAUUAAUUGAAUGUCCAAAAAAUGGAUAAAGUUGAAAAAUGUUACUUAUUUACUGGCAUUUAGUAGUUAUGUGAUAAAACAGCCUUUUUUGGACAAUCUUUCUAACUAAGCCUUUGCUAUACAUGUACUUCAGUAACAAUAAAUCGAACUUUUUCAUAUAUAAUUAACAAUAGUACAGGUUUAUUUGAAUGUUCAUUGAUUCGCAAUAUUAUCUUAUUUCGUUUCUUGUCCCCUAAUAAGUACAGAUUUAUCAAUAAAUGAGAUAUGUCGCUCCAGAUAGAUUGAUUAAAAAAGUACUUUGCGCAGUUUUGCCAAUUUUGAGAUGAAAACUGUUGUUUCAAUAACUAAUAUUUAUGCCAGUAAAAAAUGUUCCAUUUGUACAUUGUGUGAAAAGUAGCUUUGGUGUGCAUAAUUAUAAUUUUUUGAAUUGAAUUAUUUUAGUGAUGUUGUCGAUUAUUUUGUCUAUAUUGGCUUUUAAAAUAUUUGUAAUCACCUUCAGCCAUACCCAGGGUAACAUCGAUUGAUAUGGUAGCCCAUAUUCCAAGUUCCAAGCUCAAAAUGAAAGAUCUGAGUGUAUCGAUUUUCAAGCAAAUAUUUGAGUGCAAUCUCGUUCGCUUAGAAUAUUUUGUGUAAAUGCGGUGGGAUCGGUCAUUAACACUAUUAGACCAACAUGCUCAUCUUGUAGACUGGUUAUAGCUUUUGCGAAAAAUCUCUCUCGCGAACGACCAACUUUGCAAUGAGAAAAGCGAAGUUUAAGACGUUGCCUAAAAUUUAUUUUUAUACAUAUAAAUAAAUCUUUGGAAGUUGAACAAAAUUAACAGCUAUAGUUCAUUUCUUAAACGACUUGAGUAUUCUAAAAUUGGCACAGUCUAUAGUCAUAGAUAUGUGAAUGGUUGAGAUGGUUUUUUAAUACAUGCGGUGCUUGUGUGAUUCUAAUCGUAAUAGAUUGUGAAGACAUUGAUUAUUAUAUUUUUUGCUUUGUAAAUAGCAAAUACAAUUUUUGUCUCAUUAUCUGUGAUAUUUUUUUGCCAAAUUUUGGAAUCUUCAGCUUUCAAAAUUUCGUAGAGAAUAAACAUAUAUUAAACGUGAAAUAAAGGUACGGUAGGUAUCAGAAACAUCUAUUUUUCUCAUAAUUUGGGAAAUUUAAUUCCACGUUUCGAAAUUCUCUAUCUUUAACUUUUUAGGGAAUAAAGAUGUAAAACAAUAAAAGCAAUAUCAAAUAUAGUCAAUAUUUAGAAAUAUCUACAAUAGGCUAAUGAAGCGCAACUUUGUCACAUUCAUUUCAUUCAGGAAAAUCUGAUUCACACCAAAUUUUUAUUACAUAUUUUAUUACUCUGAAAAGAAGCGCCAAAAUAUCACUGUACAAUUAUUAUCAUCAGUUUACUAUGAAAGACAAAUUACGCUGUCAGAUCUAUUCUGCAUAUUAGCUUUUUGUUUCAAUGUUUUAUUAAUUUCUCUCUAAUUUUUAGUAUCGUACUUUUAACUUUGCUAUGUACAUGACGUUAUCAUAUUGAUUAAGUCAUUACAUUGGUGACGGCAUAUCAUUUUGUUUUAUUUUGAUUAUUUUUAUUCGCUCUUUAUGAUUUUGCUUCAUAUAAAUUUUUAGCGGUACUACUGCAAUUGAUCUUGUACGUAACCAGUACAGGCAUAUUCGUUUAUUUUAUGAAGAUAUGACCAAAUACGGGUUAUUGUGGGUUAUUUAUUAUUUUCAAAAUAUAAUUAUCAAAUUUCUUAGUUUAUGAACAUUUAUGAACUAAUGAAACUAUAAUCUGAACUUCUCUGUUAAAUAAUUCCAGGAACAUUGUUAAUGUUAUCAUUAUAAAGGGGCGUAGCCAAGGGGAUUGGUGUCGAGAGUCGGAGUCUCUUUUGAAAUGUAACUAGUGGUUUAACUUUAGAAACUCCCCCCCUCCCCUCCCCUCUUGGGAAUUCCUGACUACGGCUCUUUCAUUAUAUUCCAACUGAAUUUAACGAAUUCUUAAUCGACUGAUAGGUCAAUCAAUAUAUAGAUAAAAUUAUCAAAUGAAUAGCCUCUUAUUAAACAUUUUAUAUAUUAUAUUCUAGAUAACAGUGGGUCAUAAUAUCUAGUGUGCCAAUAGUUGCCUUGAUUUAAGCGAUAAUUUUCGCAUAUUUCAGGUUUAUUUUAAGGAUCUCCCAAUUCCGAUAAUUUAGUUUCAGAAAAUUUCAUAUGUUGUAUUAUAUUAUUUGAUACUUUUUAAAAAUGGAUAAUUUUUGCAUAUUUCAAGUUUAUUGUAGAGAGCUUCCACCGAUAUUAUAUAUUUCAAAAAUUUGUUGUGUUGUAUUAUGUGAUUUAGCUGUUCUAAAAAACUUCCAAUUUAACACGAUGACUCUGUGGAAAUUAUAUAUUGUACUUAACAAUAAUCUAAAAUUUUCAAACAGUUUUUGUGAAACAUUUCGCUUGUGCUUAUUCCUUAGUCAUUCCCAAUUAUGCCUUCGCUUUAUUAAGAAUUUAUACAUCAUCGGAAUUAAUCGGUGUACUUUAAAAUUUCCGGAUAUGAUAUUUAUCCUAUGGCCCUUAAUUAGUCAAUUCCAAAAAAAUUUACCCUUUUAUUUUAUCACGAUAAAAAUUAAUCAAUUGAACAGAAUUCUUUAUGCUUUUUGCCUUCAUGACAUGUAAAUGCUCGUUAAAUUUUGCAGAAAUAUAUAGGUAUUUUGCUUAUUUUAAAAAUGGGCGAUGCAGAAAAACUGCCGUGUGGAAUUUGUACAAAUAUAAAAUUCACUAAUAAUUGACAUAUAUUUGUACGAUAUAUUAGACUUUGAUUUUAAAAAAUCUCGACUUGAACGUCAAUUUUCUAUCUGUCUAUACUGAUACCGAUGCCUGGAACACAAGGCCAAUCCUAGCAGAUAGCAAAUCUGUUUUCAUAAUAAAUCUUUGACACUGAAAAUAAUUCAUAUUGCCUAUUCCUAACAGUUCUAGGAUGUAAUAAAUAUUUUAAAUAUUUAUCAAACAAACUACUUUUAUAAUGCUUCAACUAGUACUCUAAAUGUGCCUUACAGAAUCUUGGGUAUAUUUGCUGAUGUUUAAUCGGACAGUCGUGGUAAUUUUUGAUCUAUAUAGUAUAGGAAACUAUAUUCUUUGUAUGCUUUCAUACACUUUUUAUUUUUUGCUAUUUUAUUUUAAAUGUAGCUUUUUUUAUUUUUUGCCAAACGUUCCAUUUCUGUGACUUUUCCAAUUUCUUUUAACGAAAAUUUUAGAUUUCUUAGAACCUAAUAAAUCUGUCGUAAAUUUUCAAAAUCCAAGGGAUAAUUCGGUAAAUUUCAAUAAUUAAAUUAAAGAUAUUUUUUUAUUCGAAGAGUUUAUUCAAAUGAUUUUAUAUUAAAGUUUUACUCAGACUAAUAGGGUUUUAAAAUAUAGAGUAAAACAUGCAAAUUUAACAUCUUUGGAUGAUUUUUUACAUCCUUAGUCAGGAAUAUGAGUCAUUUAUUGUGUCCAAUUUACUAGAGGAUGCGAGUUAAAUUUACAGUUUUCUCGUACAAAUUACGCUGAAAACUGGAAGGCUUUUUUAUAUUUUCCAAGUUUCAUUUUUCUGUCGUUCAGAGCAAUUCAAAAUUGUGACAUGAUUAAUUGUCUAAUUAUGAUGUCAUUAGUAAUGACGCGAUGUCGAUUAUGAGCAAUAGGUUGUAAGCAAUUAUCAAUACCUUAUCAUUGUGUGAAAUAAUCAAUAUGUGUGCGCGUGAAUUAAUUGUAAAUAAAUAAAACGGUUGAAA